AUGCAGCGUUGUUCCUUCGCCGGGCUUCGCCGCAGGUUCUUGGUGGAAGGGCCUGACAAUGCAAGAGUACCCGGGUCCACUGGCAACGGGCCUGUCAAACCUGAUGUGCCUUCCCAUGAAGCUGCUGAAGAUGCUUCGCAUUCUUGGAGCACUUGCCAGCAGCCAACUGCAGCACCUGAAUACCCUCCGCCGCCUGCCUCAGCAACCGUGGAAGAGUGCAGACGUGCUAUCGCCGACCUCGGAAGCCGACUGCGCUUGCCUGCAGCAGAGGUGGCACGCUAUCGAACAGUGGCUGACCGCAUCAAGGGCGUGUUGCGGUCUACUUGGCGGACAGAGACGAUGGAGGCAGAGCAUGUGCUUUCGACCUCUAUCCCGUGCUUUGAUGACGGGCACGUGGUAGGCUCACUGUGCAACGGCACCGCCACGCACUUUGGCUCAGAUGUAGACAUCGUCUUGGAGUGGGGGAUCAAUUGGAUCCCAAACGACAUGCUGCAUGACCUUGCUGGAGUCGUGUUCGUUGUGAAAACUCUCGUUGCGAGAGUUGUUCUGCUACUGCGUGAAGUCGAAGACCUGAAGCUGCACAAGUUUAUCUUGCGGCUUGAUACGGAGCCGAGCCUUGAACUUGAUCCAACCUCUCGCCAUCAUUUCGACUUUGUCGAACUUCGGCGCAGAGCUGGUGCUGGUGUGUCUUUGUUCUGGAAGGAUAUCAAGGUGGACAUCUCCGUCGCGUUGAGGGUGUCUGAAGAACUCAUCGAGGAACUGUCCUCAAAAAGGUACCCCUAUCCAAUGUCAGAUCGUGUCAAGCCGAUUCUUCGCUACAUUUUGUCCAACAUCUUCUCUCCCUACGUCAUGAAGGAAAGCGCCAUGCUUGCUUUACGACCAUCACUUUUCCUACUCUCUCCAGAACAGGAUGCGAACGUAACGAUGGCAGAGCAUGUAAAAGAGGCGGUCGUGAUCCUGAAGCUAUGGCUAGCGUGCUUCCGUGAUGCUCAGCUUUGCUCAACCUUUAUGAUGAAGACCAUCACCCGAACGUUAGCAGCGGAAUCCUCGGAGUGUGUUGACGACCCAGCUGCAGUGGUUCUCCAGGUCCUCGAUUUUUUUGCGAAUCUGUGGAAGUGCGAGGAGGGCAAUUAUUGCGAGGAGUUCGAUGUAUCGCGAGGGUCGCGACAGCAGAUACCAGGACGCAAGGGGCCACUGGCAGUGGCACUCGAUAAUAAGGGACAGUCGCCGGAGUGCGAGCCUGUCCGUAUUCGAAGCAUCCUCCGGAAUAUGCAGGGCCGUCCUUGUAUGCUUGAAGUGCUCACUGUCUGGAAGGAGCUCAUGUUGGCUGCCCGCGCAACGCUUCUCAAAUUCAAGGAAGGCGUGCAACUUCUACACCUAGUUCGUAUACGCAACAAUUGUUUCACGGACGCUGAGUUGGAUCGCUUGGGUGUGGCGCGGUUGCGCAUUCCACCCGUGACUGCGGAAUUUGUGUUCUACACCUGGGGUGCGUGGGAUCGCUGGUCAGAAACACCAUCUUGGACCCGACUCUGGCGAUUGACGCACUUUCCUCCUGACAAGCGAAAACUGGAUGAGAAGGAAAAGUCAACUAAUAAAGGCGCACACGGCAAACUCUUGGAGAACAAUGCUGUCAGAUAUGACAGAACAUUUGAUAUCAAACUCAUGGCACGCCGUGCUCGGCGAGAUGAAGCGAUGGGCACAUGA